CACUGCCGACACUGUCUUCUGCAAAAAGUUAAUAGAGGUACAGAGGGGGAGAGAGAGGGGGAGAGAGGAGGAAAUAUGCAAAAGUAAAAUAGCAAAACAGGAGGAGUUUCCAUGUGAAGGGAGAGUGUGAGACACUUGUGAAUGGAUAGCUAAAAGAGAAAGCAAUCUCUCUCUCUCUCUCUCUCUCUCUCUGCGUGGGUCGCAAACUAGUCCAGAAGAGACAUGGCCGAGAAGAAUGGGGGCAAAAAUGUGGGAGUCUGAUGAAAUGCGAAGGAUCUGUCCAAGUGCUCUGUAUCUUGCUGUGGUUCGCCUCCAUAUAUGCUUGUGCAGGUAGGAUGAAGCAACGAGAUACAGAGCUCUCGAGAACGAACAUGGAAACCUCGUCGCCCGAUACUGAGAUUUUCAGCGCGGACAUGUACCUUUCUCUUGGUCUCAGAGAACAGGGCAAAAAAAUAUUGGGCUUUCCUCGGGUUUUGACGCUCCUUUCUUCAGCGCUUGAUAGAUCUGUCCAGAAGAACGAGAGGCUUCUGGAGACAUCACAAUCUAAAGAUGUAGUCACCAUUUUCCACGGCGUAAGACCGCCUGCUCUGACCAUUCGCCAGUACAUCGAACGCAUCUUCAAGUAUUCGAGCUGCAGUCCGUCCUGUUUCGUCGUCGCUCAGAUUUACAUGGAUAGAUUCAUCCAGAACAUGGACGUUCGCUUGACUUCACUAAAUGUUCAUCGCCUUCUGAUAACAAGUCUCACCAUAGCAGCGAAAUUCGUCGAUGAUGCGUUCUUUAACAAUGCGUACUACGCCAAGGUCGGCGGAGUAAGCACGUCGGAGCUCAACCGGCUGGAGAUGAAAUUCCUGUUCAGCAUAGAUUUCCGACUACACGUGAGCAUCGACACGUUCCAGCGACAGUGCUUGCUGUUGGAGAAGGAAGCGUCCGAAGGGCUGCAAAUCGAGCGGUCGAUUCAGUCCUGCAGGAUCACAGAAAGCUGGUCUAACAAAGAUGAUUCCGCUUGGUACUCCCACAGUUGCUAGAAGAUGAUGUUGAAGAAGGUAGGAAGAAAGUGUAUUUGUCAGGUGAAAGAAGAGAGAGGAAGUUGUUAAAUUGAAUUGGAUGUUGAAACUGAAACCUGAAUUGGAAUGAUGAUUUGUGUGGUGAAAGCAUACUUUGCUUUCCCUAUGUUAGUGUAGCGUGGAUUCAUUUCCUUCUUUUGG